AUGUUCACGAAAGCUUUGUUCGUUGUGCUUUUUACCGGAGCUCUUUUUGCUUUUGUCAAUUGUCAAUCGUUGGGGUUUAUUGAAAAACAAUUAUUAUGUGCUUUGGAUAGAUCUCCUUGUGAUAGAAUGGGAAAUCAAAUUAAAGCUAUUUUACCGGAAAUUAUUGGAAAUAAAUGCAGAAAUUGUUCUCCUACUCAACUUACUUAUGCUACGAACAUCGCUGGAUUUAUUCAACAACGAUAUCCUCAAGCUUGGGGAGCUUUAUUGCAAAAAUAUUCAUAAAUACUUUUAAAUUAUUAUUAUUAAAUGUAUUAUAAUGUAUUUAACUUUGGUAAGAUUGGUUAAUUAGUUAUUUUAGUUUA